GACAAAUAAAUUGUGUAAAAUCUAUACAAAAUGGUGAAAAGUGACGAAACUGUGACUAUUACAGACACCACCAAGUUGCUCGGAGAUGUCGCUUCACUCUACCUCAACCAGAAAUUUUCUGACAUUAUUUUGCUCGUUGAUGAGCAAAAACUAUACGCUCACAAGGUGAUUUUGGCCGUGAGAAGCGAAUACUUUGAGUCUCUACUAUACGAAGAUCCGGGAAACACAAAACAGGCCGAAAUAACCAUAACCGGUGUGACUUUCGACACUUUGCGUAGUUUGUUAAAAUACAUUUAUACAGGUACCAUCACGAUUUCCUCUGAUGUAGACUCGACCCUUCAGAUUCUAGCACUUGCCCAUCAAUAUUCAUUCGCAGACCUCCAAACUACCAUAAUUAAAAAACUAAAGCCCCUUCUGAAUUUGCAAAACGUUUGCGCCGUCCUCAACACUGCCAACCUUUACGAUUUAGAAGAACUGCUCCAAGCCUGUCAUUCUUUCAUGGACCUUAACGCCUCUGAAGUCGUUGCUAGUGACUGUUUCACCGACCUGUCUCAAAAAUCGAUGAUUAAACUUUUAGAACGCAGUACUUUUUUUGCUCCCGAGAUCGAAAUUUUCAAAAACGUGGCAAAGUGGUGCAAAAUUAACAACGAUGUUGAUGAUUUAGUUAUACAGUGUGUUCGUUUAUCGUCCAUGACUGUCGUGGACAUCGUAACUACAAUCUGGCCUUCGAAAUUAUUCGACUGUGAAAAGUUGUUACAAGCCAUUGCUGAGAUCGUUGGCGUCAAAACAAAACUUUCUAGUUCUAGAGGGUUCUAUCUUUUGGACGAAAAUCUAGCGACUGUUCGACACAAAGCUGAAGUUGUUUCUGGAACAAAUUCAUCUUGGUUGUUGACGGGCGGUGGAAAUGUGGAAAAGUUUGCGUACCACAUGAUAGACGGUAAAAGUGCAAUUAUUGUGAAGCUUGGUGCUCCAUCAUUUGUCAACCACUUCAAAAUGAGACUCUGGGAUGGCGAUACACGCUCUUAUUCGUACUACAUUUCGGUUUCUCUUGAUCAGAAGAACUGGAAAAGAGUUAUCGACUACAGUCGUAUUAGUUGUCGUUCAGACCAAGUUCUGCUUUUUGAUCAGCAAGUGGUUCAGUACGUAAAAAUCGUAGGAACGCAAAACACGUCCAUCAAAGGGUUUCACAUCAUAUCCUUUGAAGCUUAUUUCAAAAAUGACAUACCUACAACCAUAAAUAACAUUAUCUGCCCAAAUUACAAUGUUGCAACUUCAGACAAGAAAGCGAUUGUAAUUAAAGGAGAAAAGCCUUCGGCCUUGCUAGAUGGUAAUUGGCACGAAUAUAAUGGGAGCUCAGGCUAUUCCUAUCAUAAAAUUGGCAGUGGAAAUCUUACCAUACAACUAGCUCAACCGUACAACAUAUCAACCAUGCGACUCUUACUAUAUGAUAACGAUUCCAGACGCUAUAGAUAUUUUGUUGAAACUUCACUUAAUAAUUCAGACUGGGAGAUUGCGGUUGAUCUAAGAAACGAAGAUUCCAGAUCUUGGCAGAAUCUUAGUUUUAAAGAAAGGGCUGUAGUUUUUAUUAGGAUAACAGGGACCCUCAACACUAAUACUGGCAACGACUAUUUCCAUGUGGUUCAUUUCGAAUGUCCUUCCGAGGUGUGAGGAAAACUAACUGAAAACUUGCAGACCACUUACAAGAUUUCUACAAA